CCCAUCAAAGCCUCCUCUCCAGACCUAGAAAAACAACUGCCCGGCAGAAUCCGGGAGGGGCGUGCCGGCCCCUCCCUGGGCGGAGGCGCAGCCAGGCCUAGAAAACAGCGUCGGGUCGGGCCCCCGGCAGCGGUUAGGUCAUGGCUGACGCGUUGAGGGAGCGCACGGCGCAGCUACUGACUGACUACCUGGAGUACUGCGCCCGGGAGCCCGGCAGCCCCGCGCGGACGCCGUCCACGCCCGAGGCCGCGGUGCUGCGCUACCUGGCCGCCCAGAUACGGCAGCGCCACCAGCGUUUCUUGUCGGCUUACCGCGGCUACCGCGGAAACCGCGUGGAACUGGUGGCGCGGUUGGAGCAGGAUUUACUCUCCAACCCCCAAACCCUCAGUUGGGGCCAUGUGGUAGCGCUCUUGACCUUCGCGGGGACACUGCUGGAGAGACCGCCGCCGGGGACCUACUUGAACCUGACGCCGGGCCAGCAACAGGAGCUGGAGUGGGAGACCAACGUUGGCCAGGACUGCCAGCACCUGGUGGCUUUGCUCUGCAAUCGGCUCACCGGACGGCAUCGCGCCUGGCUGGAGGCUCACGACGGCUGGGAUGGCUUUUGUCUCUUCUUCUCACCCAUGCUGCCAUCUUCUUGGAGAAGACUGCUGGUCCAGGCUCUUCUGUCAUGCUUUACAGUAAUGAUCUUAAUCUACUUCUGGAGAAGAUUAUUGUGAGUUCUAACAUUUUUAGCCCAUUUCUACCUGCCUGUGACCAGCCAACCGAAUCUGAGAUGUGAGAGAAUAGAACAGAGUAAACCAUGCUCUGAGACAUUUUCACCUGCGUUGAUCUGAGGAGUCCUGUGGUGAUGACUCAGAGUUUUAACUCCUGGCAAGUAUCAGAGGUAUUAGGACAAAGGUACAAAUGGCUCUUCUUUGGGGGAAAUGGAUUCUCAAGGCUCAUUGCUCUAAAGAAUUGCGGAAGAAACUACAAAUUUUGUUUAGUAGGGAACAUGGUGCUUUUUGCUACAUUUGGAUAAGAGUGAAUAUGUGUCCACAAUUUGUGCUUCUGCUGACUGAUUCAUCAAGGCAGUCUGUCAGGGGUGAAAUACCAAAAGCCCUCCAAGUCCCACUUUGACAAGGAAUGUAAUAUUUAAAACUUUUAUAAGGAAUUCUUUCUAAAUCCUUUGAAACCUAAUUACUAAUUCUA